ACGCAGUUGCCUAGUAGCGCGGGAGGGUGGUGGGCGGGCCUGGGUGAGGCCACCUCCCCCGGCGACGGUAUGGCGGCAGCCAUGGCGGUCCCCGAACGGAGAGCUAGGAGAACUGCGAUGGGGGAGGCGCCGACGCUGUCGUUCUUGGCGCGGACGUCGGUCUUUCUUUUGCUCCUGGCCUUGCCGCUUCGGGGCCACCUUCCAAACGAUAUUGCACCUAAAGCAGAAAUACCUCAGAACUUUAAGUCAAUUCAUAAGGAUGAAAAACAGAAUUUAUCAUCAGUUAUGUCUGCAGCCAGUGAGAACAGUAUGAAGAAUAAAACAAAUGAAGAUAUUCUCCCAACUUCUUUGAAAGUUGAUGCUUCUGUUGUACAUGCACCAACUCUAGCAGAAAAUGAAGUAGUCCAACCUCCUGUGUCACCUUCAGAAACUCUUAGCAUUAAUCAACAAAAUAUUGAUGUUUCAGAAGAUGCAGAUAGUGAAGAAUAUGACAUGGCAGACAGAAAUAUAUUUGCUGGUUCCCUACCAACAGCAAAAGAACCUAAAGAUAUUUCUAAAGAUUAUAGCAUGUAUGAUAUGGCUUCUAAUUCUCAAAACAAUCAAGAUGACCAAGACAUAUCAGAAUUUGCAGAAGAGUUGGCAAGUAUGAGGACCUACGAGAAUAAAAAGUCAUUUGCUGAUAACAUGAAGGACGCCACAGUCUCAGGAUUGGAAGAUGAUAGUCAUUUCUUUUUUCACCUUGUUAUUUUUGCCUUUUUGGUAGCUGUAGUUUAUAUCACAUAUCACAAUAAAAGAAAGAUCAUUUUGUUGGUUCAGAAUAGAAGAUGGCGAGAUGGGCUGUGCUCCAGAACAGUUGGAUAUCAACGUUUAGAUCAAAAUGUGAAUGAGGCUAUGCCUUCAUUAAAAAUUACCAAUGAAUAUAUUUUUUAAAAGUAGCAUGACCCAAAUUUGCAGAAUUAAGAAUUUUCUUUGCCUCUCAAAAUAUAAUAUGGAUUAUUGCCAUAGCAGUGAUGUGUGUACUCUCUUCUUGCUUUGAAGGUUUUAGCCUUAUAUGAGGGUAUGCAAAGUAAAUGUUUAUUUUGGUGAAAGUUGUAUUUCAUCAUUUUUGUGCAUACAGCCAGUUGUUCAUCAGUUGAUUUAUUUUUCAUGUAUUCUCUGCCUGGAGCAGUUAGUCCUAGCUAGAACCUUUCCAGCUGAUCAAUAUUCAACAUGCUGAAGAAUGUACCAGAUUCCCUGUUUGGAUAAUUGACCCUGUUGCCUUCUCAAUUCAAAUUGCUUAAUACUAUGUACAGUCUAUCAGUAUAAUUCUAGCUAAAUGAUUUCUUAAAAGUUCAUGCUUACAUUUCUUCUCUGGAACAUUUGCAUAAAGAAGCAUUUUAAGAGAAUAUAAUUUUCUUCCAUAUUGCUGAUCAAUUGAUCUUACACAAUUCAGAAAUAUGAGGUCUGAUGAUUCUGAUCUUAGUUUUUCUUAGCAACAAAAAUCUGUGUAACAGAAGAAGCUCCACUCAGAAUGAAGACAAACUUUUUCAGGCUAGAAACUAGUGCCAAAAUAUAAUAGUAAUUUGCUUUUAGCAUGUUAAGUAAGGUUUGUGAAGGCAUAUCUUUGUGGUAUUACAGAUGUUGAAGGCAUGUACAUCUGAAAAAAAAAAGAUUGCAUCAAAGUCUCAUUCUGCCAACAAGUGCAAAAUGAACAUGAGUGGCAGAAGUGAUUCCUUUUUCUUCUUCAUUCCCCCUCUAUGCCUCCCUAAAGUCUGGAGAAAAUUUGACAUAGUGCAAGGUAUGGGCAGAAAAAGAAUGGAAAGUCCCAUUGUACAAGUACAAAUUUACUAUUGUGGAUGUUGAUUUGAACUAUUUAAAUUAUUUAGGGAUCAGUACAACCUGGUAAUUAGUUUCACAUAC